AUGAAGUUGAAAGGAGAAAAGCAGGAGAGCUCUGAUGACAAUGCAGGUUCAAAGGGGAAAAUGACACUUUUGCUUGCGCUGGUAGCGCUGAUAUCUGCGUUUGGAUCUUCUUUCCAGUAUGGCUACAACGUCUCUGUGAUCAAUUCUCCAGCCCCGUACAUGCAAGACUUUUACAACCAAACCUACUUCAGCAGGCAUGGAGUGCCUAUGGAUGGUGGCUUCCAGACGCUGCUGUGGUCUCUCACUGUGUCCAUGUUCCCUCUGGGCGGCCUGUUUGGGUCCCUCAUGGUGUGGCCUCUGGUCAACAAUUGCGGUCGAAAGGGCACUUUGCUGAUAAAUAACCUCUUCUCCAUUGCUGCUGCAAUCCUUAUGGGAACCUCAGAGCUAGCAAAAACCUUUGAAGUAAUCAUCCUUUCCCGUGUUAUCAUGGGAAUAUAUGCUGGUCUGGCUUCCAAUGUGGUUCCCAUGUUCCUUGGAGAAAUUUCCCCCAAAAAUCUGAGAGGUGCUAUUGGGGUAGUACCCCAGCUCUUCAUCACCCUUGGGAUCCUGGUAGCUCAGAUCCUUGGUCUCAACAUCAUCCUUGGGAAUGCUGAAGGCUGGCCUGUGCUGCUGGGGCUCACUGGGAUCCCAUCACUAAUUCAGCUCCUCAUAUUGCCCUUUUUCCCUGAGAGUCCCAGAUAUCUGCUGAUACAAAAGGGCAAUGAAGAGCAAGCACGACGAGCUCUGCAGAGGCUGAGAGACUGGGAUGACGUGGAUGAUGAGAUAGAAGAAAUGCGCCAAGAAGACCGGUCAGAAAAGGAAGAAGGACAUUUCUCUGUCCUCAGCCUGUGCACCUUCAGAGGCUUGCGAUGGCAGCUCAUCUCUAUCAUUGUCAUGAUGAUGGGCCAGCAGCUCUCUGGGAUUAAUGGGGUCUUCUACUACGCAGACAGAAUCUUCCUGUCAGCAGGUGUGGACAACAACAAUGUCCAAUACGUCACUGUGUCGAUAGGCGCCAUCAACGUCGUCAUGACUUUGCUUGCUGUUUUAAUCGUGGAAUCCCUGGGGAGGAGAAUCCUUCUCCUUGCUGGCUUUGGAUUGUGCUGUGCCUCCUGUGCAGUGUUGACUUUGGCCCUCAAUCUCCAGACCACUGUCUCAUGGAUGUCUUACCUUAGCAUAGUGUGUGUCAUUGUUUACAUCAUCGGACAUGCUAUUGGAGCCAGUCCAAUUCCCUUUGUGAUGAUCACCGAGAUGUUCCUGCAGUCAUCCCGGCCCGCAGCGUUCAUGGUGGGGGGGUCCGUCCACUGGCUGUGCAACUUUACCGUGGGGCUCGUGUUCCUCUACAUGGAGGCUGGACUGGGACCCUACAGCUUCCUCAUCUUCUGUGCCAUCUGCCUCGCCACUAUGGUUUACAUCUUCUUUAUUGUUCCUGAGACAAAGAACAAAACCUUCAUGGAAAUCAACAAGAUCAUGGCCAAGAGGAACAAAGUGGAGAUUCAGGAAGACAAAGAAGAGCUCAAGGAUUUCCACACUGUCUCAUGUGGGCAGGCAGAGAAGAAAGAAAUCUCCAGCAGUGAGCUGUGA